CAAAUCCAAAUAAGACUUCAGCUGUCUGCAUCUGUAUGUUUUAUGUAAAAUCGAAUUUUUUUUUAUUUCUCGCAUAAAAUCAGAGACAACCGAAAUCCAUUAACAGUCUUUUAAAGAACCUCAAACGAACGCAGCAUAUUUAUAGACCGCUAUAAUUCUCCUUGUUAUCCAUCCGAUUUUUAUGACAAGAUGGAAGUGCAACAUUCUGAAUCUGGUCAUAUAAUUGAAAUCCAUGGAGAGAGCCUGGGUGGAAGUAAGAUUUGUGGGGGAGCAGCUUGUGGAUUUUCAGAUGCUAAAACCAGUUCAACAGAUGCAAAGGAACGAUCAGAUUCCAUGCGGAAGCUUUUGAUUGCAGUUCUGCUUUGUAUUAUUUUCAUGAGUGUAGAAGUUGCUGGAGGCAUCAAAGCCAACAGUCUUGCAAUUUUGACUGAUGCAGCUCAUCUAUUAUCAGAUGUUGCAGCAUUUGCAAUCUCCUUGUUCUCUCUCUGGGCCUCAGGAUGGGAGGCAACUCCACGUCAGUCUUAUGGGUUUUUCAGGAUUGAGAUACUUGGCGCACUGAUUUCCAUUCAAAUGAUAUGGCUUCUUGCUGGGAUCCUGGUGUAUGAAGCCAUUGCUAGACUUAUCAAUGAAACAGGUGAAGUUCAGGGUUUUCUUAUGUUUGUUGUUUCUGCAUUUGGAUUAGUGGUGAAUAUUGCCAUGGCAAUCUUAUUGGGUCAUGAUCAUGGUCAUGGACAUGGACAUGGACAUGGACAUGGCCAUGAUCACGAUCAUGGCCAUGGUGGUGAUGGUCACAGCCACAGUCAUGAGGAUCAUGGUCAUGCACAUAACCAUGGGAUAACCAUAGCUACGCAUCAUCAUCAUCCCGAGGGAAGCUCUGAGCACAAUGAUGAGCAUCAUCAUACACAUGAUUCAGACUAUUCUGAGCCUCUGCUUAGGAACUCAAAUGAUGAAGCAGUGAAAGGUGGAUCUAAGCAAAAGAAACAUCUGAACAUCAAUGUACAAGGGGCUUAUCUUCAUGUAUUGGGGGAUUCCAUACAGAGUGUUGGGGUGAUGAUUGGUGGGGCAAUAAUUUGGUAUAAACCAGAGUGGAAGAUUAUUGAUUUGAUAUGCACUCUUGUAUUCUCAGUAAUUGUCUUAGGCACAACAAUCAGGAUGUUGCGAAAUAUUCUGGAGGUUCUGAUGGAGAGUACGCCAAGGGAAAUUGAUGCUACUAGGCUUGAGAAGGGUCUCUGUGAGAUGGAUGAAGUGGUUGCCAUCCAUGAACUGCACAUUUGGGCCAUAACUGUUGGGAAGGUUUUAUUGGCUUGCCAUGUUAAGAUCAAGCCUGAGGCUGAUGCUGAUUUGGUACUAGACAAGGUAAUAGACUACAUUAGGAGAGAAUACAACAUCAGUCAUGUGACCAUUCAGAUAGAGCGCCAAUAAGCAGAACAGUUGCAAAUUGCACUUUUAUGUGUUCAACGUGAGUUGCAGUUUUCACGACAACUUAGUUUGUAGUUCUUUUUAUUUUAUCAAAAAUCGUAUUAGCAAUUUUCACUGUCUGAUUCUUUUUCUUAUCAAUUGUCAUUAAAUUUGUUCUUGUCAA